AUGUCCCUCCAAUGCCCGUCGCUUUUCGAAAAUAUUGAGGACCUACGAUGGCCUCUUAUAGAGUCCGCAAUCAAGUCCGACCUUCUCUCCAAACCGCUUGGUUCACAUGAGGCCCUUCAUUUCUUUCUCAACGAACUCAGCAAUGAGACCACGCGACCUCUGAUUAAACUGGCAAUUAUCAAUGCUUUCAAAAGUCCAUCGCUUCGACAAGAGAUCGAGGUUAAGUGGAACCUCUCCCCCAACUAUGGCUGUGCCAAACAGCGUCAGCAUAUGAUGGACAAGGGCGCCCCCUAUGAUCUGGCCUCAUGGUGUAUCGAAAAUUGUCCUCAAUGUUUCAAUUUACUCUUGGAUCAUCAAACGGUUCAACCAGCUUCAUUUUGCCAAAAUGGCUACAGCUUCUUUUGGCUCGCGGUCAGGAGUGGGAAAAAUGACUUGAUGCAACGUAUUGUGUCUUUGAUGGAUCCCAAAGAUCUUCUUCAUCCUUUUUCGAUGAGGGAGCCGGAGGAAGACCAAUAUACAAUCUUUCAGGCCUCUACCUGGAAUCGGAAAUGGUUUCAAGUCUGCUGGGCACGGCUUAGAUCAUGCCAGGACAACGGUCUUACUUCACUUGGGCCGCGUGAGACGGGACAUAUAUGUCUAUUUGCCGAUGUGGGUCUUGCGAACGAGUUAUUGGAUUCUGGCCUAGAUCUGGGGAAGCCUCACCCGGAGAACGCAUCCCCUGGUUGGUUGGAGAUUGUGGGCCGGAAGGAUCCGGAACCAUUGUUGAAUUGGUUCCUGAGCCGCGGCCAUCAGCCACCCGAGAAACUCUUGACGUAUGCCGCGACGCACAACUGCAUUCAUGCGGCGAGCUGGAUUAUGCACCAUAGUGCAAGUCGCCAGGACUGGCGUGUCGCUGCACUUGUAGCGGCAGAGAGUGCAGAUAGCAGGAGCUCGGACAUGCUGGCAGUCAUUCUACAAAGCCCAGCUGCAAGAUGGAAGGAAGACCAGACCCUAUCAGAGGAUAUUUUGAUAAAAAUUGUCAACGGAGUGUGUGAGAAAACUGAGGAAUCUGGCGCUUUUUUCUCAGAUGCCUCUCGAAAAAGGUUCGCGGAAAUGGAGGAUGUUGCUGUUCAAAAGAUUGAAGCUCUGGGUAAAGUGGUGGGGAACGUCGAGGUGGUGGGUACGAAAGUAAAGGCGGAGAAUGCUGGACUGAGUCGUCUUGUGACGGCGUUGGAGAGCAUGAAUUUGCACUGUUAG